AUGAUGCAGAAAAAACUAAAUCCUAGGAUUAUUUUUGUCUCUGAUGGAUCUCAUUAUCAUCUUUGUUGUAAUAGACUUUCUGCAUCUCAAUUUUUUAAAAAAUUUAGCCAGAUUGAAGCUAUAGAUGGAAAGGCCAACCUCAAAUUUCAAUCUUUUAAAGAUUCUAAAAUUAGACUACUUCGCAGUAUGCACAUUGACGGGGGUGAUUCACUGCAGGUGUUGGACUUUGGCAUCUUCCCAAAAGUUGCUUUCGACUUGCCUAUAUUUUGUGCCAACUUUUUCAGCAGCUCAUCGAUGAAUAUUAUUGUAUUGGAUCUCAACCCAUUGUAUGAUGUCAUUACUAAUAGAGAAUACAAAGAGAAGUAUUACAAAAGCUUAAUGCCUCUCAGCAUUAAGUAUGCUGAACUUUUGCCAUGGGGAGGAAAACUUACAGGUGAAUCUUUGAGGUUUUUCUCACCAAUAGUUAUAUGGACAAGAUUUUCCACAAGUCAAGACAAGCAUGAUAUUCUAUUUGACGCAUUCAGUGACUAUUACAAGACAUGGCUUGACUUGAUGGAACAGGCAGUGGAGGAGACUGCUGCUGACCAAAUUAUGCUCAACAGUGAAGCACAACAUAAAUACCUUACCUGGAGAGCAGAGAAGGAUCCGGGGCAUCCAAUGCUGAAGAGAUUGCUUGGGGAAGAUAAAGCAAGAAAUUUGUUGAGGAGCUUUUUAUUUAAUGGAGUUGAUGAAAUAGGCAAUAAAACAUUUCUGGACUACUUCCCAGGGUACAAGCUUGACGAUGAAACCUUAAAUGAGAAGCGCAGUAUCAUGGGGAAGUCUUUUGAGAACCGGCCAUGGGAUAGUAGAGGGGAACUCAUUGAUAACUGUUGAGCUUAAUUUAAUAUUUGGGCUCAAAAGGUUGGGAUAAGGUUUGUCGAAGUUUUAGAGCAGUGUCGCAGUGUUGCAACACUUGCAAGUGAGAAGCUGAAUUUGAGUUUACUAUCGACAACCUGGUUCUGAAUGUGAUCUGCUGAUCCUUGUUCUUAGCAGUGGCUUGCAAGUCUUAUUACACUACGUAUAUGAUGUGAAAUCAAUUUAUUCGCUUAAUGCUCGUUAUUUUUUUUCCCUUUUGGUUUCUCUUUAGAUCAAAGCUUCUCUAAGAUACUUUUUGUUCUUGUAAUACAGGUAGAUUAAGUGCUAAUUUGUCUGUUAGGUGUCUUAGGACAUUAUGUUAGUGACAGAGCGGAAGAAUGCUUAAAGAAAUUUCUUUUUUCAAUU